ACUUGCCAUUACACACACCUCUCUUCUCUCCCACAUUAAUUCUCUCAACAUUCUCUGUUCAUCUCUCUCUCUAUAUUCCGACGUCGACGUUGUCACAGCCACAUGGCUCGCUCAAAUCUCGUGUUUUUCAUCUUCUGCGCCGUGAUCUUUGCCUCGUUGGUGUCUCAUUCGCAUGGCCGGAAACUUGUCGCCAUGCAAGACGGCGGAGAGAGGGUGCCGCCGCCGGUGGGGAGCUUGUUCCUGGGUGCCCUUCCGAAGGGCACAAUCCCAUCAUCUUCGCCGAGCAAGAAGGGCCACGCCGCCGUGAUCGACGAGGAGCUCAUCGCCCGCCACCUCGCCUCCGUCGAUCGGAUUCUCCAGUCCGUCCCAAGCCCCGGCAUCGGCCAUUGAAUAUUGGAGGUUUUGAAUAUCAUGAUCAUAUGAUGAAGAGUGUAUAGGAUUACACACCAUUAAUUAAUAUAUUUAAUUUUUAGUUAUACGUGAUAUAUACCGUUUUGAUUCUUUAUAUAUAUAUAUAUAGGAUCUAAUGAUGAGUUAAUAUAUAUAAUGUACGUUUUGGGGGCUUAAUUUACACAAAUAAAUGAGAUAUGUUACUCGUUUAAUGAA